AUGAAUGGCCGCGUCCAUCCCUACGCCCUUGCGUGGGAGGUCGAGCAACGAGACGGUCUUGAGUCUGGCGCCGGAGGCAUCCUUCUCUACACUAUGCCCGCCCUUAUCAUCCGCGACCAAGGCUACCAGCCCGUUCUUCCUAGGCUCUUUGCCUCCAUGGACAGCUUCCCCGACCUUCUGCCAGGUCUGGACGCCACCCAGCUGAGGUGCUGCGGCUUCCUCCAGCUUUCGACCUAUAUCACUCCCGGGAUCCCGGACAAGAUCCCUCUCAGGGGCUUCCACCCGUUUCAGGUCUUCGUCAUCUUCCCCAUCCGCGCCAACCCGUGGGCCAUCCUUUGCAAGAAGAUGGCCGAGAGGCGGGACUCUCAAUUUCAGACCAAUAUCUCCUUCACCUGCACGGGCAAGGUCGCUGGCCUCCUCGAUCACCGCGUCAUGGUCCACCAGCCGAGCUCCGACAGAGACUACGUCUUCAUCGUCGUCCCGGAUUCUUGGACUUUUCUCGACAAGGCCGCCACCACCGCAGCCGCGAUGCCCGCGCUGCCUCUUUCUCUGUCGCUACACCUGGCGCCCUCCGCCGAGUCCUCCGCCUUCGGCUUCGACUUCGGCUUCGGCCGAUCCCGUUACACCGCUGCAGAAGCGUCCUUGUCCCGAGCCCGCCGACACGCCAACGAAGAAACCGCGCCUGUUGCAGUUGACCUCAAAACCUUCCUCAUCGGCCGCCACUGGAAGCUCUGCCACUCAAUCGUUCUCGCUUUCCGCUGCCUCUUCUUCCUUCGAGCCGGAGACGAUGAGACAGAGUCCUGCCUCGGGAACCGUCUUGGGACCCGCCAUUGA